GUAGGUUUAUUGAAUCGUUUCUAUUCUCAUUUUCUGGUUGCAUGCUCUCCUAUUUUUGACACUUGACAGAGGUCACAGGCACACACCGGCUACUUACUGCUCCAUCUCAUUGUUACGAUUUGGUUCGGUCAUCCCCUUCACGCUCUCUCUCUCUCUGAAAUUUUGAAACCAAGUAUGAAGGUAGCUUAGUCUGUGACUCUCACAAAAAAGAUCGUACGUUUUCACAAAGCAGCUAUGGAGCAAAGUGAAAAUGAAAAACAUGCAGAAGAUAUUGAGCUUGGAGGCGUUGAUGCAAAGAAGCUUGUUGGAGGAUUUGUGUACCCAAACUCUCUCUCGUCCCGUGAAAUGGAGUCGCUCACUGCCCUUUGUGACACCAUCUUGCCCUCUAUAGACGUCUCCGGUGACGCAAGCACUUGCACCGAUGAGUCCUUGAUCACGUUUUACCGGACAUCAGCGUCCAUGGCAGGAACACCAGAUCGACUAGGGGGUUUGAUAAGUGAGAGGCUAGAGCAUCCAAUGAAGUGGUUGAUGCGAUUAUCAUUAUGGCUCUUGUCAACAUGGAUAGGAACCUUCAUAUUAUGUGGAAGAGGCAGCUUGUCAACCCAAUUUCCCUACUUUCGGAGUUUUGCCCAAGUUUCUCAGCAGAAACGAGAACAGAUAGUGGUGUCAUGGUCUCUCAGUUACUUUCAUCUCCUUCGGAUGUUCUUCAAGACCAUCAAGCUUCUCACUCUCCUCGUCUUCUUCACUCAAGUGGAUGAGAAUGAGGAGAACCUAUCUUGGAAAGCAAUUGGCUACACGGGACCUGAUCCAGAUAUCCUUAACAAAACCAAUCUAUCAACAGCAUUGACAAGAAACGGAUAUGAAAGACCAGACACUGAAGAACAAGAAUAUCAAAGAACUUACAAAGAAGAAUUCUUUGGACCUCUUUACCAUGGCAUCAUCAAUUUGAGCAAACCAAAGGAUGUAGUUGCCAAUAGUCUAAUGAGAUUUGGAAUUCCAGUCUCCGUUAUUUACUCCCCAAAAACAUCGUCUGACCCUUCUUUAAUUUUCCGAUGCGAUGCUGUAGUAAUUGGUUCAGGCUCUGGCGGUGGUGUUGUUGCUGGCGUUCUGGCCAAGGCUGGUUACAAAGUGAUCGUUUUGGACAAGGGAGACUAUCAUGCCAGAAAGAACCUUACACUUCUUGAAGGACCCACAAUGGAUCAAAUGUACCUAUCAGGAGGUUUGGUUGCAACUGAUGAUAUGGGGGUUUUACUACUUGCUGGCUCCACUGUUGGUGGAGGCUCUACAAUCAACUGGUCAGCCUCAAUUCGAACACCUCAGCAUGUAAGUAGCGAAUGGUACAAUCACCAUGGGCUAGAACUGUUCGACAGUCAACUAUAUCAAGAAGCCAUGGAUAUUGUCUGCCAACGAAUGGGAGUUCAAUCUGACAUACAUGAAGAAGGAUUCAGCAAUGCUGUUUUGAGAAGAGGGUGCCAAGAAUUGGGGUAUCCUGUACAUAAUAUUCCUCGAAACGCAGGACCAGAUCACUAUUGUGGUUGGUGCUGCCUCGGCUGCAAGGAUGGAAGCAAAAAGGGUACAUCAGAGACAUGGCUGGUGGACUUAGUUCGUUCAGGAAACGGUGCAAUUUUUUCAGGAUGCGAGGCUAUAAAAGUAUUGCAUACGAGAACGAAAGGUAGAGCUCGAAACGCAGCUACUGGAGUCAUGUUUGAAUUUAAACAUGAAGGAGCAAAACAAGUCUGUGUGGUGGAAUCUAAGGUCACAAUUGUUGCUUGCGGUGCUCUCAGUACUCCAAUAUUGUUGAAUCGAAGCGGAUUGAAGAAUGCCAAUAUUGGAAAAAAUUUACAUCUACAUCCAGUUGCAAUGGCAUGGGGCUAUUUUAAUAAUCCAGAUUCACCUAAUCUCUCUGAGAAAAAGAGCUACGAAGGAGGGAUAAUGACAGCAAUGUCUACUGUCACUGCAGAUUUUGACAGGUCUGGCUAUGGAGCGUUGAUACAAACACCUGCAUUGCACCCUGGUAUGUUCUCAAUUGUAAUGCCAUGGAUUUCAGGCAAAGAUAUAAAGCACCGAAUGAGCAAGUUCUCUAAAACUGCCCAUAUAUUUGCAUUGGCAAGAGAUAAAGGAUCGGGGACAGUACUAACAAAUGCACCAAACUCAGUCAGCUAUCAAAUGGAACCCGUUGACGAAAACAAUCUAAACAGAGGACUUGAGAAGUCAUUGAGGAUUUUGGCGGCAGCGGGAGCUGAAGAAAUUGGAACCCAUCAUUUCAAAGGGAAGAGUUUAAACGUGAAGAAGGCAAGUUCUGGUGAAUUUGAGCAGUUUGUGAAAGAGGAGAGUUCGAGGCCAUUAAGAGACAUUUCAUCUAGCAUCUGCUCUGCGCAUCAGAUGGGAAGUUGCAGAAUGGGGGUCAACGCAAAAGGGUCGGUAGUCAACCAGAUGGGAGAGACGUGGGAAGUUGAGGGACUAUUUGUAGCAGACUCGAGUGUUUUCCCAACGGCUUUGGGAGUCAAUCCUAUGGUUACUGUUCAGUGUAUUGCUUACUGCACUGCGCAAUCUGUUAUUCAAGUGCUUCAGAGAAGAAAGCCGGAUGUAUAAAUUCUGGGGUGGUUUAGGUCUUGCUUGGUUCUUGACAUAAACUGAUAAACCAAAUCAAAAUUAAAUUUGAUAGAUUUGGUUCAGUUUGAUUCGGUUCAGUUUAUAUCAGUUGUGGUUUGAUAUUUAUUAUUUUUGGUUUAG